AAUGAAGCCGACGGCAAUCCCUACGCUAGGGCGAAACUCGUGUUAAUCCAGCAUACAGUAUAUGCUUAGCAAGGUUGAGCAUGCCGCUAGAACCAACCCGCGCCGUGCAACCGCUACGCAACCCUGAACCAAUGAUAUUCGUGAGUUGUGAGGGUGACGGCGACCUUUCCUUGCGCACUACGCGUUCAAGCAUUCGGAGAGCAUGCUCCAUUGCAGCGCUGCACAUAUCUGCACAGCACCAAAAAUGAGAACUACCUGAUGACCUAACCGGACGAACAUCUCAAGUACAUUCUAUCGAGAUACGCACCUUGCGGCACUGCAAGUGCUCGUGCAGCGUCAAUAGACGAAUCAUGCUGCAGAUGGUGAAGCUGGGGACAGCUGCCACGAACAUUGAUUCGAUUGAGGUUCAGGAACCCAUCUCGAGUCUGGAGGCGCGACAGACGCAAUGCACCCGAUUUUAACCAAGCGAAGGUGUCGAGCAUGCUGUGUGUGUCUGUACUGUGCCGUCCAUCGGCCAAUGGUCGGAACGCUACCAGAGAGUGCAGGACGGCUAAUGCACUUACUAGUUAAGUGCUGUACUUGCUCAGUUCAUGUAGCAUAUCCUUGCGUGAAGAAUGCAAACGCUUCGCCAGGCAAUAACUUGGCAUGCAUCUCUCCGGCCCGCUUCGUGUACCUGCAAGAUGCCGUGCGGAAGGAUGAGCUUAAGAAUCAAGUCUAUCUCGAUGCAUAUCCUUGACACAUCUGGAGCUGUGGGCGCAAAGCAGCUAAGAUCCUGGACAACAUGCAAUGGCAAUGUGUUGACGGCAUGCUAGUGGCCUGCGUAUGGCCAGCGUCUAUGUGUGGAAUCACAUGUACGUGGUGAUCGUGGCCUAGCCCAGCAAUAGUGAAUCGCCGAAUCACCACGAACUGG